GCUGCUCUUCAGAUUGAAGAAGGACUGGCAGAAGGUUGAAAAAGGCUAAUGUAACUGGGAUGGUCUGAGGAUCUAACUGAGAAAAGAGCUAGGGAAAGCAGUAGUAAUAAUAGUAAGUUAUUAUUAUACCUUUUACUGAGUUCAAGGGCAUUCAGAAAGGGAUUAUAUGCCUGUAAGCUUGGCUCUUUUAACUGUAUUAACCUAGUUUAGGUUCUCCUCCCUGCAGCCUUGGUGUUUGGCAAAGGCCAAGUUAACUGCAUUUUGGAAACUACCCCACCUCGACGCGCAGUGUGUGGAAACUGAGCAGCCUCGGACCCCCAGCGCUUUCCCCGGAGCCCGGGCACGGCGCCUCGGCCAGGCUCGGACGGCGCUGGGCGGGGAGGGUACAAGGGCUCCACCCCGAGCCCGCCGGUCGGCGCUGGCUGCGGGUGGUCCCUGGCGGGGCGGGGCAAGGGGCUAACGGCCGCGCGCCGCGGCGGGGCGGGAAGGGCGCGCGGCUGAGGGCGGUGUCUCGCUCGCCUCAGGCCGCGGGAGGGGCCGGUACCGCGGUCGCCGUCGUGGCUGAGCAGAACCGCUCCCGCUGCCGGAUGAGCAGAAGAAGAAGGGAUUACAACCAAAAUGGAAAAUCAAAAGGUGCAGAAAAAACAGUGUGAUGUGAAAACAGAUCUGAACUUACUGCUUGAAUGCCUUAAAUACCAGAUGGACUGCCCUGUAUCUCAGAAAGAGGCUUUGAUCACUAUUUAUUCAAUUUGUCAACAAAACAGUGAAGCAAGCGAAUAUUUUCGAGAAAUUGGUGGUUUGAUGUUUAUAAAUGAUCUUGCAAAGUCAAGUGUUCAUUGCAUAGUAAAGGAAGCGGCUUUAUUUGCAUUAGGAAUUAUAAUGGAGAGUAAUGUUUAUUGUCAACAAACUUUGUGUACUUCUGCAUUGUUUGAAGACCUCAUUUUAUUUUUGAUUAAUAAGGAUUCUGGUGUGAACUUGAAAAGAAUGUCUGUUUAUGUCAUCUUAGUACUGGUUUCAAAUAAUAAAAGUGGGCAAACCUAUGUCAGAGAUACAGGCUGCAUUGGUCUUCUGCUACAGUUAUUCAGAACAACUCUUUCCACAUCUGUGGUGAAUCUGUCAGAUGAAAAUACUAAUCAGUGCUAUCAGCUGUGGUCUUCAGUCUGCAGUACUCUCUGUGCCUGUGUUAACAAUCCUCAGAAUGAAGAUAAUCAAAACAUUUGCUGUUCAGUUUUUCCGUAUGCCAAAGAGUGGCUUGAAAGUUGCACAGAGCCUGAGAUAGUUCGUCCUAUUUGUUCAUUUGUUGGUCUUACAGUUGCAAAUAACUCAUAUGUGCAGAAAUAUUUUGUUUCUGUUGGAGGAUUGGAUACGUUAGCUAAAGUUCUCAUCAAGCUGAUGCAUGAUUCCUGUAUGAGUCACUCAAGCACAAAACUUGCAGUAGUAGUAACAAAGACUCUGGAUGCCUGCAUUGCUAAUGACUCUGCCAUGGGUGUUGUCUUGACAAAGUAUCACACUGUGUCAGAGCUACUGAAGCUGCUGUCCAAUGACACUCUGGAUACAGGAGAAAAAAUUAGUAUUAUUCUAACAAUUGGACACUGUACUGAAGUUUGCGAAGAAAACCAGUGUGAACUGCUCCAGAACAAUGGUCUUCCACUUAUGAUUCAAGUAUUAACUGAGUCUCAGGAUGAGGAACUAAACAAAGCUGCUACUUUUGUGCUGCAAAACUGCAAACAAAUGACUGAACAAUUGUCCCUGAAAAUAAAUGAUACUUCAUUAAACAUGAACAAUGCAGAAGAGUUGGAUGUGGAAGUCAGAAAAAGAAAUCUACAAGACUACUGGAAGAAAGCAAAAGAAAUUUUACACAGAAUAAACUUGAUUGAAAAAGAACAUGAUGAGGAAAGAGUGCAAGGAAGAGUAUUUGUAGACAGAUCUUCAGAAGCCAAUAUUGAAGCAUCAAAAUACUACGAAGUGAAUCCUGCUGAUCCAAACGCUUAUAUAGAAAGAACACAUAAAGUAGUACAUUGUCCACAGUUGACCUCUAAGUUGGAUGAUCAGGUUCUUGCUCAAUCUGUAAAUUCUUUUCCACUGAAAAAUGAAAUAGUGAACACUAUGGAUCCAGUAAAUGCUUCUACUAGACAAAGCGAACAGAGUAAUAUUCCAUGUUCAGUUAACAAACUGCAAGCAGACAGUGUACUUCAAAGUCACAGUAUAAAUGAAAAAACUGCUUGUGUAAAAAAUCAGUCUAUUCUUCAAGUAAGAACUGCAAAUGACUCUGGAAACCAGCAUCCUUUGAAAGCACUGCAUUCCAAAUGCUGGACCAGACAUGCUGAACAGCACUGCAAGGGAUGCUCAUCACAGAUCUCUGAUCAACAUUCAUUCUACUCAGAGAUAACCAAAGAAAAAAGUACUUCAACUACAUCUGCAUCCCAUAAAAUGGCACAUUUAAGGUGUUUAGGUUGUACAGCAGGAGGACUCUCCUUCAAUAGUAAAACCUUUACCAAGGUGUUGCAAAGUUGUCCAUACCAGUGUGAGAGUCACAAAGUCAUUCUGGAAGCUGAAGAGAGAUAUAAAAAGGAACUUCGCAAAUUGGCUGUUUGUAACAACAGUAGAUAUGCAACUCCUCAUGAAAAAAUACUGCUGACCCCAGUGAAGAAAGACAGACUGCAUACAGAAAUAUCAACUUUUAGGAGCAAAAAGGAUAGUUUCCAAAGUAUUCUUUUGACUCCAUUUAGAAAAACCAAAUCUAAUACUUCAAAUAGAGAUGAACAUAGUAAAAAUACUAGGUUGACUGAUGACUAUAACUUGAUACCUACAUAUGAAAAGUCUUUCAAAAAAACCCAAAAUGCUAACUUGAAGAGACAAAAAGUAGAAGAAAUGUGCAACCAGGAAUGUCAGUGCUUAAAAGAAAAUCGCAUAUAUUCACGUGACAAAGAUGAGAAAGGACGCACAAGUGUUGAUCUUUCCAAGAAAUACUACAGGUUACAGUUGCAAAGGCAAGAAAAAAACAAAGGUCAUCAAUAACAUCUUUCAAGAGUAUUUUGGAUUUUGUUGCAGAAUGUUGAAGAACAGCAUUUUUAACAGUGAGGUAUUGUCACAACAAUACGAGCCCUUGGAGAAUCCAGAUUGGCUCAGACUCAUGUUUUUCAGUGAUAACAUUCAGUGACAGAGUUGUUAUGCUUUGUAAAUUUAAAUUACAUGUAAUUUGAUAAGUUUUUUCCUAAAUAAUGCUAACAUAGCUAACAAUCUUUAUCAGUAAAAUUUAUGGGUUUUUUUCUAAACUUAAGUUAACCUUCUCGAACAUUUGAUUUAUGUAACAUUUGAUUUGGCUUUUUUUUAAUGUUUUUAUAGUUUGCUUUAUACCAUUUGUAAGAAAAGGCUAUAUUGCUAGAAUUAAUCUUUUAUGUCAGAAACUGGUAAGUGUUAAUGUUGUUGUGUCUGAAUGUUUCCUCUCAAUCAGUGAAAUGUUUAAGGCAGAUAAAAUAGUUUGUCGUGUGUUUAGUGUGCUGUGUGUGCAGAAAAAUAUAUCUAUGGCAGAAAACACCAAAUGUAUGGUUAAACACUGCUACAUGUAGUAGAUGAAUCUUAUCUUGGUACAGUACGUAAAUUGAAAUAGAAAGCUUGUGGAAAUGUCAGAACUUCUGGAUAGAAGAUUGCAGCUGAACCACACGCUAAGUAUUUCUUGCCUGAUAUCAAUGACUGGGAAAACAGUCCUGGACCUACAUAAAAUACUUCAGCAUUGAACUAAGUUGAGUGCAGGUACUGAUAAAAUUUGGCUUCUGUUUACAGUUGGACAUUUUUUGGUGUAUUCAAGUGAGCGAGCAGAACCACCAUUUCUGCUAAUUAUACAAUUUUUAUAGACAGCUUUAGUGAAAGCCUUAGUAACUUUUUUCAGUGAUAACCUCAGUAUUUCAUUUGUACUUUUUAUCUAUUCUGAUAAAGGAAUAAUUAAUUGAUAGUUAAUUUAUUAUGGAAAAAGUUUAGUUAUCUUAUUAGCACUAUGUUUUCACUACCAUGUAGCUUAAAUGCUUAAAAACAGGCAAGAUAACCAAAAACUGAGAGCUUGCAGUAAAGAUGAUGCCAAUGAUAUAAUAAAUAGGUCUUCUAAUAUUUUGGGCUGUUGCAAUUUUAUUUUUAUAUUAUUAUAAUAUUCAAGGAUCUAUAAAAGAUGUCUUUGAAUGGAGCUAUUCAAAGCAGUGUAGUUAAAUGUUGGUAUAUGUAUUUGCAGAAUAUGAGCCAACAGGGCUGCUGAGGGGCGGUAUGCACAACGGGGAGAUGUUGGUCUGUUACCUUACAAAGUAUUUUUCCAAGGACUCAAAAGUUGGUCUGGACAAGCUGCUACUUCACCUAUUGACUAAAUGUGUAUUAGUAAUCCAUAUUAUUCUGGCCUAAAUAUAUUUCAAGUGGAGAAAAUAUGUAAGGCAUAAAUCUACUUGACAUGACAUCAGAAUAUCGCAAUACUGACAAUUUACCUAAUCUUAGGUAUAAUUUAGGUCAGAAAGGACCUCUGGAGUCCGUAAACUAAUCUGCUCCUCAGAGCAGGGCUAAUUUUAAAGUUAGUCAAAGUCGCUCAGUACCUUGUCAAAUUGUGAAAAUCUUCAAGGAUGAAAUUCCCACAACCUCCCUGAGCACUUCUUCUGGUGCUUCAACUACUCUCGUAAUGCAAGUUGCUGAAACAGACAUCAUUGAAACAUUCUCGUAUGGUCCACAAGGGAAGAGACAUGGACAAGAAGCAAGCAGAAACCUGUGGUGCGAAUUUGUGCAAGUCAAUUACUCUUUUCUUUCCUUUUGAUUGACUGUACGGUCUUGAUAAUCUUAUUAAUUUUCUUGCAUAAAUGCUU